CCACGCGUUGUUUCGUGUGCCUGGAGUUCUCAGUAAAUUGGCGUGAAGCUACCACGCAAGUCAUCUACUUCUCGGCAACGGAACUACACCAAGAUGUCGAGCCGAGGCUGCGGGACUUGUCUCGAUCGCAAGGUCCUCUGCGAUCGUGCACUCCCCACAUGUCGCCGCUGCGCUUCAUCCGGUCGAGACUGCAAGGGAUACGAUCUGCGUCUGUCUUGGCCAAGAGCCGGCGACAAGAAACGAGCACUCGUCGGCCCUGACACGCCAGAGACUAAUUCCCUUAGAAACAUCACCGAACUUCCAUUUGUGAAUGCAUCAUUCUGGGAUGUCGAGAUACAUCAUGAUACGUUAUUUUCGGAAUCAAAGUACAGGACUGCCCUUGCUCAGAAGACCUCUCGCGCCAUCCAGUUACAUCGCAUCAGACAACUCGCGCAGCCCGUCUUGAACCCGCCCGUAUCGUGGAUGCCACCCAGUCUGUCAGACCUAGACAAGGAUCUGUUGCAGUAUUUUGUCUCCAUUGCAUCAUUCUCAUUGCCGGCGUUUGGCCAAGACGCAUCAAUAAUCCGUCCUGCAAUUAUCCGCAUGGCUCUCUCCGGUAGCACACCCUCUGCCACAGCAGUGCUAAAGUCCGCUCUUGCUCUGGCCUCGCUCUAUCGCGAUGGACCACAGAACCGCGCGGCCCUGCUCAAGAUCUCUGCACUUCGCGCUCUCUCGACGUCAGCAAAUACCAACAUUGGAUCCGCCGAGUGUAUCCAGCAUGUAGCUACCGGAAUGCUCCUGUGUUCCUUCGAGGUUCAGCAGUCUUCGAAAACCUCAAAUCACUGGCACUGGUACAUCUGCGGUUCGAAAGAUAUCAUCAAGACGGCCAAACUUGAGGAUUCUGUUCACAACAGUGAUUUCGCUGCUUUGAUCAGUUGGGUCCAUUACUACGACGUGCUGGGCCGGUUCAGCCUCCGAUACUGGCAGCGUCGUCAUUCUGUUGAAAACAUUCUCAAUAACGAUGCCCAGUUUCAAGACUUCUCGCCAACAGUCUGCGAACGUUCGCGGGCCCCAAAUUUGCUCGGCGCAUCCCACCCAAUCUUAGACGUGCUCUCGGAAAUCUCCGACACCCUCCUGGACCCCUCAGACCCAGAUUAUCACUCAGAUGACUACAGACAGUAUUUGAAAGUUCUCGAGUGGAGAGUGAGAAGUAUUCAGAUAAAUGACUCAGAAUUGACAUCCAAUACAAAUGAGGCGGAUUCGGCGAAGAUAACCAAACUAUAUCAGCUGGCAGCCUUAAUCUACAUCACCCGUACGUCAGAAAACUCUGCAGAUCAGUCAGAGAAGAUCAUGGAGUGGAUCGCAGAGGGAUUCGCCAUCAUGUCCCAACUCAACACCUGCAAAGCCCCGUUUCCGCUCUUUGCCUUCGGCUGUGAGGCAGCAAAUGACGAGAUGAGGACCGUCGUCCUCAAUCUCAUUUCCACAACGGAAAGAGAAGCACACAUACAGAGCUUAGAGCGGGUCAAGUCGAUGCUGGAGUUUAUUUGGGUCCAGAAUGAUCUUGUCGAUGUCCCUAUGGACUAUACAGACCAGCUGAGCAGGAUCUUUGGCCUCAGUGAUGUUCUCCCAGCCAUGUUCUAAGUUCUGGCAAGAUAAUCUAGCAUCAAUUGAUGAGUUCCACUUGAUGCUGGUGUGACUUGGUCAAACUCAUGCGAUUAACAGACCAAGCGGUACGGGUUCGUUUAGUUGUCAAGACAUAGUCAUCCCAG